CAGCACAGACUCAUUUCUCUACACACCAGCUCUGAGUGGAUGCUCAGCAGGGGUGUUUGAGAUAUUAGCACGCUGUGGGGGAACGGCUCAGGGACUUCUGCCAUCCACAUACAAAGAGCCGGCAGUUACGAGGAAUAUGGGCAAAUCCGAAAGCCAAAUGGAUAUCAUGGAGAAAUCAAGUAAACCUGGAAAGCGUCGCUGGACUGUUGCAGAAAUCGGUCUGUCUGUGCUGCUCCUGUUAGUCAGCUGUGCUUUGGCCGGGCUUGUAGUCCUCUACACAUCAGCUUUGAAAGAACAAUCAAACAGGCCGAGUGUGUCCAGGAGCUCAACAGGUGAUGACCAGCUGUUACGCUCCAGCCCCAACAAUGUGUGCACAACUGCAGACUGUGUUACUGCAGCUGCUCGGCUCUUGCAGAACAUGGAUAAGUCCGUGAAGCCUUGUGAUAAUUUCUACCAGUAUGCCUGUGGGGGUUGGCUGGAGCGACAUGUCAUCCCAGAGACCAGCUCCCGUCACAGCGUCUUUGACAUUCUGCGAGACAAGCUGGAGAUUGUCCUCAAAGGUGUUCUUGAGACAGUGAAUGAACAGGACAGAGAUGCCAUCAAGAAGGCCAAAGUCCUUUACAGCUCAUGUAUGAAUGAAAGCCUCAUAGAGCAGCGUGACUCGCAGCCCCUCCUGAAACUCAUUGAGAGUAUUGGAGACUGGCCUGUGGCGUCAGAGGACUGGAACACCACCACAGAGGAAGCGUGGAGCCUUGAGGACACACUGGCAACACUUACUGCUCGUUUCCACAAGAAGGUUGUGCUGGACAUGUAUGUGUGGACUGACGACCGGGACUCUCAGCGCCAUAUUAUCUAUAUUGACCAACCCGGGCUUGGGAUGCCAUCUAGGGACUAUUACUUCAAUGAUGGAAACUACAAAAAGGUUCGGGAGGCCUACCUACAUUUCAUGGUUUCCAUUGCAAAGAUAACCCGAGAGGACAAGAAUUUGACUCAGGAUGACGACCGAGUGUGGGAGGAAAUGAUGCAAGUGCUGGAGCUGGAGACAGACAUCGCCAAUGCUACAUCACCAGCAGAAGAACGCCAAGACGUCACUGUUCUUUACAACAAGAUGACACUUGGCGAACUGCAGAGCACAUACAGUCUUAAUGGUUUCAACUGGACGCGAUUUAUUCAAGGCGUGCUGUCGAGUGUGUCCAUUGAUGUUCAGUUGGACGAGGAGGUGGUGGUGUACAGCUCUCCAUAUCUUGAGAAGAUGAAUGAUGUUCUCUCCAGACACAGUAUCAGAACUGUGCAGAACUACCUCACCUGGCAGCUCAUCAUUGACAGAGUUAAUAGCUUGAGCCGCCGCUUCAAAGAUGCCAGAGCCCGAUACAGAAAGACUCUCUAUGGGACCACUGUAGAGGAUGCUUGGUGGCGAGAAUGUGUCCGUUACGUCCAGAGCAGCAUGGAGAACGCAGUUGGAGCACUCUACGUACGCGAGACUUUUGCAGGAGAAAGUAAACGAAUGGUCAGUGACCUCAUCAGCAAGAUCCAAGCAGCGUAUGUAGAAACACUGGAAGAGUUAAGCUGGAUGGACACUCCCUCAAAGGAGAAGGCGAGAGAAAAGGCCAUGGCAAUCAAGGAGCAUAUCGGCUAUCCAGAUCAUAUCCUGCAGGAGGCCAACCAGAAACUCGACCAAGAGUAUGCUCAUCUAAAUUUCAGUGAAGAACACUACUUUGAGAACAUCCUGGAGAACCUCAAGUCAGAAGCACACAAAAGUCUGAAGAAGCUCAGAGAGCCUGUUGAUCCAGACUUGUGGAUCAUUGGUGCUGCUGUGGUGAAUGCAUUCUACUCACCCAACAGAAAUCAGAUUGUGUUCCCUGCAGGAAUCCUGCAGCCACCUUUCUUCAGUAAGCAUCAGCAUCAAGCUCUUAACUUUGGUGGAAUAGGGAUGGUUAUUGGACAUGAAAUCACACAUGGAUUUGAUGACAACGGGCGUAAUUUUGACAAAGAUGGUAAUAUGUUGAACUGGUGGAGUAAUUACUCUGCUGAGCACUUCAAAGAGCAGUCACAGUGCAUGGUGCAACAAUAUGGCAACUUCAACUGGAAGCUAGCAGGUGGACAAAAUAUCAGUGGAAUCAGCACUUUGGGGGAGAAUAUUGCAGACAAUGGAGGAGUUCGUCAAGCAUAUAAGGCUUAUCUUAAGUGGGUGGAGAUGGAGGGUGAAGAGUCUCAUCUACCUGGUCUAGACAUGGAUCACAAGCAGCUUUUCUUUCUUAACUUUGCCCAAGUCUGGUGUGGUGCUUAUCGGCCUGAGUAUGCCAGCCAGUCCAUUAAGACUGACUCACACAGUCCUUUAGAAUACAGGGUACUUGGAUCGCUCCAGAAUUUUGAAGAUUUCUCAGAAGCUUUUCAGUGCCAAAAAGGCAGUCCAAUGAACCCUGAGAUGAAGUGUCGGGUCUGGUAGAACUCCUGAGAUUUGUUGAUUUCUUAAGACGGGCAACUCAAAUCAGAAGAAUAAGUUGUACGUUUAAACCCACAGAGAUAUUCAGCUCAUGACUUAUUCCAAUUUACUUGGGGCUGAGUGAUGACACAGAUAUGUGCAUAUACGGUACUGUAGAUGUAUUUUAAACUGAUAGCAUCCUACAGUGCACUAUAGUUUCUUAAAUUUAAAGCAUAUAGAUUAUAAAAAAAGAAACUUGCUUCUCAAGUUUGAAGCAUUGUCUGUGGAUAAAGA